GCAACCUCUAUGUACCCAUCCGGGGCUUGCUGUUCUUUCGUGUUCCUUUCUCCAAACCAAACGACCUCCUUCAAAGUAAUUUAAUUGGAUGCGACAAAUUACUACUGACUGGUGGCCAACGCAAUCCCAAACAUCAAGUCAAAGAGUUGAAAUUAGGAGAGGAAAUCCAGGUCACGUCGAACAACUGAAACACAAAAGGAAAUGAAGAGUCCCGCAAACGUCACUGUAGAAGAACUUCCCCCUGGAAAGCACAAUCCCGUCCAUGUUAAACAGGAGGCGGAGCCAGAGACCUCUGACCUCAAAGAAGAAAAACAGGAAAUUGAAAUCCUCAAUUUUCCAAUGGGUGUCAGUGUGAAGAGCGAAGAAGACAAAGGAACAAGCGAAGAGAGCAGAGCAGCGAACCCUUUGAGCGACUGCUCAUUUCAGCACCAGACAACAAAAGGAGAGCAACUGGUCGGCCUCUUAGCUCCGCUUUCGGACAGCGAUGACUUAACGUCACAUUCUUCUGACUUUAAUACUGAUGAUGAGGAGGAUGACUUUGACCAAAAUGCUUCAAAAUCCUUAGAAAAGUCAUCAUUUAAAAGAGACGCAAAGGAAGGCGUGGUUGGGAAACGUUUUCCCUGCUCACUUUGUGAUAAAACAUUUCCUUGUAAACGCUACUUAAAGGCACACAUGCGUAGACACACUGGAGAGAAGCCUUUUGCCUGCACACUUUGCGAUAAAAAAUACACCACGAAGGCAAAAUUAAACAUACACACAAGAACACACACUGGAGAGAAGCCUUAUGCCUGCACACUUUGUGAUAAAAAAUACUCCACAAAGGAAAAUUUAAACUAUCACACAAGAACACACACUGGAGAGAAGCCUUUUGCCUGCACACUUUGUGGUAAAAGUUUCACAUAUCAGCGGGAUUUAAACAUUCACACAAGAAUACACACUGGAGAGAAACCUUUUGCCUGCACAUUUUGUGGUAAAAGAUUCACCCGUAAGGAAGAUUUAAACAUUCACACAAGAACACACACUGGAGAGAAACCUUUUGCCUGCACACUUUGCGAUAAAGAAUACCCCACGAAGGCAAAAUUAAACAUACACACAAGAUCACACACUGGAGAGAAGCCUUAUGCCUGCACACUUUGUGAUAAAAAAUACUUUACAAAGGAAAAUUUAAACUAUCACACAAGAACACACACUGGAGAGAAGCCUUUUGGCUGCACACUUUGUGGGAAAAGGUUCACAUAUCAGGGACAUUUAAACAUUCACACAAGAACACACACUGGAGAGAAACCUUUUGUCUGCACAUUUUGUGGUAAAAGAUGCACCCAUAAGGGAGGUUUAAACUAUCACAUAAGUACACACACCGGAGAGAAGCCUUAUGCCUGCACACUUUGUGAUAAAAAAUACUCCACGAAGGGAAAAUUAAACAUACACAUAAGAACACACACUGGAGAGAAGCCUUUUGCCUGCGCACUUUGUGGUAAAAGAUUCACCCGUAAGGAUGAUUUAAACAUUCACACAAGAACACACACUGGAGAUAAACCUUUUACCUGCACACUUUGUGAUAAAACAUUCUCCACGAAGAAAAAAUUAAACAUUCACACAAGAACACACACUGGAGAGAAGCCUUUUGCCUGCACACUUUGCGAUAAAAGAUUUUCUCAGAAGAAUAAUUUGGAAAUACAUAAGCGCUCACACACUGGAGAAAAGCCUUUUGCAUGCUCACUUUGUGGUAAACGAUUUGCUCGGAAAGGACAUUUAGUAAGCCACGCAAGUAGCCACACUGAGAAAAAACCUUUGAAUUCUAGCGUGUGACAAAAUAUACUGAUUCCUGCAUUUACAAUGGAAAAAGCAUUUCAAUUUCAUUAUUCGGUUUCUCACAAGCCUCUUUUGAAAAAGUUGUUCAUGAUUUUUCAGGUGCUGUUCUUUUUUACAAAUAUCCAAUUCAUAUAUGGUGGAACAUACAGACAAGGUUGAAAUGGCAGUUUCUGCUCUUGCACCCCUCUUUAAAAUAAACUGCUGUAUUUUAAGCCAAAACAACUGUUGUGUUUGAUAGAACAGUACUGUAUGUCUGUAUGCUGCCAUAGCAGAAUCAUGGCACAUUAAGCCCCCGAACUAUCAAUAUUUCCGGUUUACACUGAAAACCCCCGUUUACAGAUGUCAUGCAACCGCUUUUGUUUCAACCCAGCCAAAAAAAGAAGGCAGGUAAGUAGAUUUAUCAUACGAAAUGUUUGUCAUUUUUAGCUUAGAAUCAUUAAUUGAUGUCUAAUAUUUGGUUUAAAAAAAAAACGACUUUAAAGAAUUGUUCACUUAUAUAUUAUAAACAAAUUACGUCACAAUGAAAAAAGUGGUGUCUGUAUAUCAGUCACGGAUAUCUACCUUAUAACUGUCGCUUAA